GGCUGCCACGAACAAAACUCUGCAAUUUGCUAUGAGUUCAAUGCCCCUAACCAAGGCAACUUGUUGGUGCCAACUUUUGACAGUUCAUAAACUAUGCAGUGCAAAUCAAUUGCUGUUGUAGUAGUAUCUUCAAAUUUCUAUUCUUUCCUCAUUUUUUUUCAUUUCCGGGUUCAGGGCAAGGUCAUGGCGGGGUAUCUGUUAAUUCUUUCCUUGGUUUUUCUCCUAAAUCUCAGUUGUGCAGCAGAAACCGACCCUUCCUUCCAGUAUAAUUGUUUAAGCAAUGAAAUCUUCAUCGCUAGCAGUGCCUACGGUGCCAAUCUCCGUCUUCUCCUCACCCAACUCUCGUCCGUCGAGGAUUUCAAUUAUGGUUUCUCUAGUAUAUCCAUCGGCGGGAGCCCUAACAAGGUCAACGCCAUCGGACUCUGCAGAGGAGACCAAAUGGAGGGCGCUUGCAGAAUUUGCCUGAACCAGACAAUCUCGGAGCUCCAGCGGCGUUGCUCUGACUACAAAAAGGCGGUCGGGUGGUCGGAUUUCUGCAUGGUUCGCUACUCAAGCAAUGAAAUUUUCGGUGUUGUGGAAACCUAUCCUUCCGAUGUACUAUAUAGUGGUAACGCAUCGGAUUUUGAUGGCUUCAACCAUGUGUUGAGUUCUUUGUUGAAUGAUUUAACUAGCCGUGCGGCCUCGGGAGGGCCUUUUCGCAAGUUUGCGGCCGGUAGCACCGAAUCAUUUCCAAGAAUCUACGCCCUAGAACAGUGUACUCCAGAUCUGUCCCUGCUAGAUUGCAGCUUUUGUCUGGCGACGGCCAUUGAGAGGAUUGAAACUUCCUGCUACGGAAGAACAGGAUGUAGGGUAGUUCAACCGAGCUGUAAUGUGAGAUAUGAGAUUAACCCAUUUUUUGCAGCUGUUGAUGUCAUACCACAGCAGUCUUUACCGCAUCCAGUACAAGGAAAUGACAACAUCUCAGCCUAUUCUGUUGCAGGCAUUCUGUUAUUUGUCAUCGCCAUUUCUCUUUGUAUCUUUUUAAUACCCAGAAAGCGUAGUACUGUUAAGGCUCCAUCUGAAUUGCAUACUGUACCUCAGCAAUUUGAUUUGCAAGUGAUCCGGCGAGCAACUGAUAACUUCUCUGCCAAAAAUAAGCUCGGCGAAGGACAUUUUGCAACAGUGUUCAAGGGUACGCUUCUUGAUGGACGAGCGAUAGCUGUAAAAAGGUUGGAGCCUUCUAAACAAAGUGACUCGGAAUUUAAGAAUGAAGUUAAUUCAGCGGCCCAGCUUCAACACCGCAAUUUGGUUAGACUCUAUGGUUUUUGCUCUGAAGGAAAUGAAAGGCUUCUUAUCUUGGAAUUUGUGCCAGGCGGAAGCCUCGAUCAUUUCUUAUUUGAUCAAAGCAAGCGGAUGCAAUUGGAUUGGAAAAAGCGCCGGGAAAUCAUUAGAGGCGUUGCUAGUGGCCUUCUUUACCUUCACAAACAUUCUCAUUUUCGAAUGGUUCAUUGUGAUCUCAAAACUAGUAAUAUUUUAUUAGACAAAAAUAUGAAUCCUAAAAUUGCAGAUUUUGGUGGCGCAAAGCUUCUUAAAGGAGAUGAAUCACAAGGCAGUAGUGCCGAGCCAUAUACGGGAACCCCUGGAUACACAGCUCCAGAGUAUGCAGUGAAUUGGGAUGGGCGUAUCUCAGUAAAGGCGGAUGUCUAUAGUUUUGGCGUGUUGAUAUUGGUGAUUGUCUCCGGUCGGGAAGCUACUGAUCAUUGUUCAGAUGGGAAAAGCAUACACAGCACUGCAUGGGAAAAUUGGACGAAUAAGACAAUAUCAGGGUUCAUCGAUCCAACUUUGAGGGAAGGCCCGACGAAUGAAAUCUUCAGAUGUAUCCAUAUUGGAUUGCUAUGCAUUCAAGAGGAUAAAGUCAGACCAAAAAUUGAUUCAGUUGUGAAAAACCUUAACUACGACCGCAGCACAACCACUCUUCCAGAGCCCGAACCACCUGCAGUUUUAGUGAAACAGGAAGGCCAUUAUCCGCCUCCAUCUUAUUUCUUGAAGCAGAUAGCUUCUAGCAGUGAAAAACCAAACCAGGCAUCAAUUAGAAAAGUUGACAAAUGACGGCCAGUUGUGCAUGCACCUUGAGUGAUUUACUGCUGAGACAAGGGAAUCUUAUCCCAAUUUUCAAUUUCCCGGUUAUCUGGUAGUUACAGGAUGUGGAACCACCAAGUUCUGCUUCCUUUUUAAUGUAUGGCCUUUUUCAAUUUUUAAGCCUCAUAUGUUAAGUUGGAAAAAAUUGUACGGCAUUGUCAAGUUAUCUAACAAAUAAGUACGAGGAUUUGCUGUGCUUUAUAACCAGGAGGAGCCAGAACCUUCCUAUUACCAUCUUUAGCUGUUUCCAUGGUCUUCUCUCGGUUCCCUAAAUGACACAUGAUAGCAACAUAUUCUAGAGCCGUUUCACAUUGCAGUCUUCACAUUAUAGGACAGAUGAUGAUGCGGAAGGAGAGGAUCUAUUUCUUUCACACUCAGUAGAAUGCAAUACUAUAGGAUAACAUAACUCAUCCUUCUAUUUUCUCUUCAGAGUUCUCUAGUUUAUCUUCUGACACAAUAAUCAAUUUCAAAGCCUAGU